AUGGACGCACAAGCCUACCUAAUCCGCCACGGCUGGUCGGGCCCAGGCAACCCACUCAACCCCAAUCGCCGACCAGGCACGCACGCUGGCCUCGGCCUCACAAAACCGAUUCUUGUGUCCCGACGCAAAGGUAAUCUCGGUGUCGGGCAGACGACAACCAAAGACCCGACGAACCAGUGGUGGCUGCGCGGAUUCGAGGAUGCGUUGAAGGGCGUUGGAGAUGAGAAAAAUGCUGGGGCGGAGAAGAAGCCGAAUGCAUUGACGAGUGAGCUCUAUCGGCAUUUUGUGAGGGGGGAGGUUGUUCCGGGGACGCUUGGGUCGAAGGAUGAGGAGAAAAAUAAGAAGGAGGCACUGGGCUCCGAGUCUACAGCCAAGGCGGAGUCUAAGAAGAGGAAGAAGGAUGAUGCGGAUGGGGAGGAGGAUCGGGAGGCGAAGAAGUUGAGGAAGGAGGAGCGUAAGAGGAAGAAGAUGAGUCAGGUGGAGGAGGUGGAGGAUUCUAAGAAUCGGAAGGAGAGCAAGGAGGAGAGGCGCCUACGGAAGGAAGAGAAGAGGAGGAAGAAGGAAGCAAAGGAAUUGAAGAAGAAGCUAAAGAAGGCCAAGGAAGCGGAGGACAGUACUACUGAUGAGAAUGCAAAAGCCACACGCAAGAGCGAGAAGGCGAAGGAAGGACACAACCCAGAAGAGGACUAUCCUACUCCGAUAUCGAUUGAGAACGACCAGACAGAGUCUAGUGGACGUGAAGAGUCCUCUGAUUCGAUAGAAAAAGCGAAGAAGAAGAAAGAGAAAAAGGAAAAGAAGGAGAAAGAGAAGGACAAGGAAAGCCAAAAGAGGAAGAAGAGCGAGGAAUCAAAAUCGAAGAAGUCGAAGGAUGCCAAAAAGUCGAGAAAGGAGUGA